AUGCAAGCUAAAAAGUGUUGCCUUCACUGUCCUGGCACAUGGGUAUCUUCCCAAGAACGUGAAGAGCACACGUGCAAUCUUCCGACUUACAUAAAAGGAAAUUUAAAGGUGUCGUCUUUGAAUAAAUACGUCGUGGGAGAAGAAGAGCGCUCUGAAAGAUUGCGGGGUUGUCCUAAGAAGCCUUUGCCGACAGGAGAAAAUUCUUGCUACGACAGGUUCGCAAUAGCGAAAAAAUUUCACGCUGAAAACCUUCAACACCAGCCGCUGCCAGACAAAGUUAACGAUUCAGUGUUUAAAAAUGUAAAUGUACGUAAAGUUGAAGAGUAUUCGUUAAAGAGUGAGGAUAAAUUAAAUAACAAUGAGCGUAGACGGUUACCGAGGUCAAGGAGCUGUCAUAAAUUACAAGCAGGCCUGCAAUAUGCUCCGGCACUGGGCUGUAAAACUCCCACGACGAAUAUGGAUCUGGCGAUAUGUUGGGAGGCGCCAAUUGAUCCUUGCUACGAGCCUCCACGUCCUACGCACAUUGACGGAUCAGAAGGUGGUCCAGCCCCGGCGAUAUUCACUCUAGUUCAGCGUGAAAACGGGCAAGACGUCGCUCACAAGUCGCCUAUGGAGAGAUUCGAAGCUAAGUUUAGCAAUGUUAAGAGCCGCUGUCAGUGUAAUCGUAUAAAGAAUCAUAAUUGCAGAGAAGACAAUGAGACUCACUGUGGUGGGUGUCAGAAUAAUGCGCAACAGCCAUUAAACAAUCAACAGAGCCCAGAACUCAACAGCAAAGAUAGAGAUCUCUGCGAUAAUUUUCAAUCUGUUCAUAUUUCCCAGGAUCACAGAAUGGUUAAAUCAGGCUGCGAUUUUAAGGCACGACGCCAGCCGGUGCAUUUGAGAAAUUGCUCACCGUGUCAUUGCCGAGGUGACCGUACCAAGAGACCAAGGUCACGGUCUAUACACUCCGCGCCUGUGUAUCAAGGCAACAGAAAUUUUAAACGCAAUGGAUUGCCCAAUAAAUUGACGGUACCAAGACCAAGGACUCCUUACGCCAAGAGGGAUUUUUGCAUUGAUACUCUCACACCGCCUUUUAGUAUUGUUGAAGGAACUAGGGAUUCUGAGUAUCCAGAGCACUGGAGACUUACUUCGGUUUAUCAACAAUCUUACAAAAAUCCUAAAAAGUUAUGA